GCGCAUGCGCAGGGGGGGGCGCCGAGAGCCGCACCGGAGGCAGCGCGGGCGGCAGAUCCAAUGGCUGUACCACCGACGUACAGUGACUUGGGAAAGUCUGCCAGGGAUGUGUUCAACAAGGGCUAUGGAUUUGGAAUGGUCAAGUUGGAGUUGAAGACCAAGUCCACCAGUGGGGUGGUAAGUACUGGGGGCUCUCCACCUCACCAGCCUGGCAGUGGAGGGACAGAGCCCUGAGCUGGUUGGUGGCAGCAACCUGCUGGCAGGUGUUGCCUCCCUCUUUCAUUUCUCCUUUUAAAACUUGUAGCUGACUCAGAUGUUUCUGAGCUGACAUGGCAGUGCUGCUUCUCCUGUGGCCUGCAAGAACUCUCAUUCCUCCCUUUUCCCAUUGAUAUGUCCCAGACAGGAGUUUCUUCACCUUAUGUAGCUCUAAUUUCUGCUUAGGAACACGUUUGAGUUUCCCUGCUGCUGUUGGUUUUCAUAGGAUUUUGAGUCUGGAAGGACUUUUAUCCAAAAGGCCAAGUGGCACAUAAGCACCACAGUUUAACUUAACUUCAUUUUCACUCCUUUUCCCUAUGGUUACACUUCAAGACUUAAUUAAAACUAAACAGUCCUUCUGCAGUGCCUUUUAUGUAGAAUUUGAGGGCUUAAUUAAACUUUAGCACUUCAAGCAACUAGAAAACGUUAUGAUGGAGAAGUGGAGCUUCCUCACGAUUUCACAGGAGGCAAAACCAGGAAUGGGCUUCAUAAUUUUGAUCUUUACCAGAGGCAUAUGUUGUUUACUAAAUAAUAUUUUUCUUACACUGACUCUCAGUUCUGUGCAUGCUCCCACUUGAUGCUGUUCUGAUUGAUGAGAUGGUCCUGCUUUUCAGCCUACUUCAUAAACAUGUUUGCCUUAGCUCCCUCCUUCUCUUGCAUUCUUAUCAUGCAAAUGGGGUAAGUGCUUCCUUUAGUGCUGCUGUAUUCUGGCCCAGUUAUGCCUUUGAUGGGUUACUGCAUUGUGCUCCAGGAACAUGUGCUCUCUACACCCUGUGCUCUCUACACUACAUCUGCCUCCACUUACUGACAUCUCUUGAUAUGCAGUUUUCCUGGCUGGAAGUUUUGAUUCUCAAAUAAUGUGCAAAUAGUUAAUUUUGCUGUCUUUGGAGUGUGAUGGAACAUGAACGACUGUAGUAAGUUCUAAAAUGGGCUUUUUCUUUUCCAUGCAAUUUUCAUUGGAUGUUUAUCCAGCUGGACUUCACUGCUACUGGUUCUUCCAACACGGACACGGGCAAGGCCUCGGGCAGUCUGGAGACCAAAUACAAGAUGAAAGAGCAUGGGCUGACGUUCACCCAGAAGUGGAACACGGAUAACACGUUGGGAACAGAAGUUGCUGUGGAGGAUCAGUUGGCUGGAGGAUUGAAGGUGGCUCUUGACACUACAUUUGUACCGAACACAGGGAAGAAGAGUGCAAAGUUGAAGACCUCCUACAAAAGAGAAUAUAUAAAUGUAGGCUGCAACAUAGACAUUGACCUCGCUGGGCCGACCGUGUAUGGCUGGGCAGUGCUGGGCUAUGAGGGCUGGCUGGCUGGCUACCAGAUGGCUUUUGAUACAGCCAAGUAUAAGCUUUCACAAAAUAACUUUGCCUUGGGAUAUAAGUCAGGAGACUUUCAGCUGCACACUAAUGUGAAUGAUGGCACCGAGUUUGGUGGGUCUAUUUAUCAGAAGGUUAAUAAUAACGUUGAGACAUCAGUCAACCUGGCAUGGACUGCUGGCAGUAACAACACACGCUUUGGGAUUGCUGCAAAGUACCAACUGGAUGACAAGACCUCUCUUGUGGGCAAGGUGAACAAUGCCAGCCUCAUUGGACUCGGCUACACUCAUGUCCUCCGACCCGGUGUUAAACUGACCGUCUCAGGCUUGAUUGAUGGCAAGAAUUUCAAUGCUGGAGGUCACAAAGUUGGGCUGGGAUUUGAGCUGGAAGCUUAACACAGCUGUAAGUAAAACAACUGGUGGUGCUCUGGAAGGUGAAGGAAAAGUAUACCCAGUGUGUUUCGGCCUUAAUAUACUCUGAAAUUUGAAGAAGUGUGAACUUUCUGCUCUUCCAAAGAACGACUUUAACCCACUGCUGAAGGUCCAGAGAGUGCCAGCACAACAGAGGAAGACACUUGAAGGCGUGCAUGGAAGUUGUGAUGUUUGUGCCACAUUUCAGUUUCCUGUAUUUUAAAUCUGUUCCUAAAAAACAGAAGAAAAUCCAACCUCUCCCCCUUAUUGUAUUGCAUUUUGCAUGUCCUGUACUCCACAGCCUUUUCCAAAAGGUGGUCGCUGUGCUGUAGUGGAAAUUUGGGUUUACAUCGGAAUGAAAUAAAUUGGUCCCAGUCGGAA